AAGUGUCAUCAUGAAUUUGAUUUGAGGUUAUGUUGUGUAUUUUCUAAAUUAAAUAAUCUCAUAUUUUUCGUCUUGUUAAUUACACAGUAAAUACUAGCUUACGAAAUGAACAGACAUCUUCUAAAAGUUUUGACACCAAUGACAAUAAUAUCUCGGUCAAAAGGCUUUAAACAUCCUGGAGGUGUUCGGUACCCUGGUGGAAUUGUAUUUUAUCCUAGGAAUCCUGAAGAGCACAAGGACCCUGAAGACUAUAUUGCACCAAAGCUGUUCAGGGUGGAAAGAAUCAAACCAGUCAAAAACAAUCCUUGGUGGCUUAAGAGGAUAUUAGCAGAGUUCAGAAUUGGAGAAGAUAAUGAUCGUAAUAGAGUUGCAAUAGUAAAGAACAUCCCAGAAAUAAACUCCAAACUAUGGAAGAUCAAACAUCUAGUGAAAAUAACACCUAUCACUUUCCCCUAUGGUGAACCUACCAAAGAAGAUGUCCAACAUACUGUUCUUAAAGAAAACGGCCAAUGCCUGGUUACAAAGACUUUAGCACCAGCUCCAGAACAAAUUGCAGCUUUAGAACAAUUUGAUUCAGAUGAAAAAAAGAUGGAUUCUACAACUAUAAAGAGAGAUACUAGACAUAGAUGGAACAAUGCGUAUACUGGUGGAUUUUAAUCAGCAAUGUUGUUUUUGUACUUAUUUUAAGUUUUAAUAAAGUUAGCUAAUAC